UACCCAGAAUCUCAAAUCCUAAAGUUAAAUAAAUAGUUAUUCAAUUUUUAAAUUUACUUUCAGAACACUGUUAAUCUAUAUAAUAUGCAUUGAGGGACGUUUACAAUUUUUAAUUUCACGAUCUUUACUGCCCAAAAAGGAAUUCAAAACAGUCUCUAUCCUUACAGCUUCGUAUCCAGCCGUGACUUAACACUGUUCAGGUUACUAGGUAUACGAAUUAAUAUUAAUACAAUGGGUUCCAAACUUCAAGAACCCUCCCCUUACAGACAACUGUAACAUAACCGAGUGUCUAGUUCGACCAUUUAGCUAUAUUUUUGUAAUCCCAUUUACGCCAAAGUCUACGAAACCUGUAAUUUAACACAUUCCGUGAACUGAAUCCUUUUAUGGGCGUGUGUUGUAUAGGAAACUUGGUCUCUAGAGCUGGUCCGGACGACCUUGGAAUCUAACCAACUCUUAACCAGUCACUUACUGCACUGCCAUCUACACAGCGCUCGGCUUCGAGUUUAGUACACGUGCAGAGACCGGAAAUGCGUCAUGAAUCACAUUUAUCGAUAGUACUGUUGAUCGAUAAUCGUUUGUUCGACAGUAUGACGUCACAUCCCUCAAUGUUACUUCCGUAUCCAUGAUAGUAGUAGCGUGGAUCUGAGCGACAAGUGGUGUUCCAUUCAACGAUAUGUAGAUUUACUUUUAAAUCUAAAGUGUGCAUGACCUCUUAAUGGUUAUAUUACGUUUAAAAGUGCUUUUAGUGAAAAUUACUACGUAAAUAAAUUUGUGGUUGCGUUUUACAAUCAGUACUAACGCCAUCUUUAACAUGCCGUCUACUUGUUCUGGAAAGUUCUGUACUUUACAGUUACGACAGGGGCAUUUCCAAUGGAAAAUAAACGACUAGAAGUGAAAUACAUGAUUACAGAUCUAAUCUUUAUGGUGUUGGUAAUAUUGUUUUUGCCAUCCACUCAAACGUAUUACCUUCGCCGGAAUCCUUAUGGCUCAGAUGCGUUACAAAUUCCAUCGCCACUACCAAUGCCUUACGAGGAGGGACAAAACGCCAUAAAUGAACCAGAGAAAGACCCAGUUAUAGAUUUUCUGGAAAACAGCGACAUUCCAGAAGUAUUACAAAGUUCCUUGUGGGAUGUUGGAGGUGACGAAAUCACAGAUUAUCCGAACGAUUACGAAAACUUGCAGAAGAACGCGCUUGGUGUUGGAGAAACAGUAGCCAUAAGUGAGGAUUCAAGAGGGUCAUUGGUCGAUUUACCGACAGGAGUUCCAGAAUCGGAAAAGGAAGUGCCCGGAGAACCUCUGACACCCCAGGACUUUGAAAAUGCUAAAAAUCUGGAGAUCCUAGUUCCUCCACAAGAUGAAGGUUCCCCUGAUCCGAUACUGUCAGCCGGCCUCUUCGAGGGUGACAUUGCCGGCGUCAAUAUUUCUGAUUUAAUUUCGUUUGGUAAAAAUGGCAUCAGAGACUUUAGAAAGCGUUGGCCAGGGGGAAUAAUUCCUUACGUCAUCUCAAGCUCUUUCAGCGUGUAUGAGAGGAGUGUAAUAGCAGCGGCUGUUCUCGACUUCUAUGCUUAUACGUGUAUCAGAUUUGUCCCUCGUACAACUCAGUGGGACUACAUACACUUACAGAAGGGGGCUGGUUGCAGCAGUCUGGUUGGACGUUUCGGCGGUGGACAGCAGGUGUCGCUGGGAGCAGGAUGUUUGUACAAGGGUAUUGUUGAACAUGAGCUGAUGCAUGCUUGUGGCUUUUGGCACGAACAGAGCCGUGGAGACCGUGAUGAAUAUGUUAGAAUCCUCUGGAACAACAUUGUGCCAGGAACUGAACAUAAUUUUCAAAAAUUUGGUUGGCACAUGAUGCAGAGUCUUGGAGUCUCGUAUGACACAGGAUCUCUGAUGCACUAUGGCAGAUACGCGUUCUCCAAAGAUUAUCGAUCUCCUACGAUUGUACCUAGAAAUCCCGAUGCCAAUAUCGGUCAAAGAAGAGGAUUUAGUCAGAUUGAUCUGUUGAAACUAAACAGACUCUACGAGUGUCAGAAAGGAAUUCUGGUACCUACGGGUCCUGUGACGUCUAAACCUUAUGAAUGUUCUAAUAACAAUAGGCUCUGUCAACACUGGGCCAACAAUGGUGAAUGUACGAAGAACCCAGCAUGGAUGAACGUGAACUGUGCAAAGUCUUGCAGGCUGUGUGCAGAUUCAAAAUGCGGUAAUUAUAACAGGAACUGCGAGGAAUGGGCACGACUCAGAGAAUGUACGAAGAACCCCGACUAUAUGACAAUUUACUGUCCCAAGGCCUGUCACUCGUGUCAUGGAGGUAUUUAUUUGUCGAACGUUUCUGUAAACGAGCGAUAUCAGUAG